CUUUGUAACCUCCCCCACACCAAACACACACAGCUAUAUAUAUAUAUAUGUGGAUACAUGCAUUCUUGAGUUGUGAGCAACUAACCAUGUCUAGAUCAUUCUCAAGCAUGGCUCUGAUCAUAGGCACUUUCUGUGCCAUUUGCCUCUUGUUUUCAUAUCCAUCAAUGGCUGAAGAGAUAAGUAAUGAAAGUGCAGAAAAGAGUAGCCUAGAGACAUACAUUGUUCAUCUGAAAGUUCCAAAUAAUGCCCAUGUUUUUGCUGACUCUGAUGAGCUAAAGAGCUGGCACCACUCUUUCCUCCCGGAGAGCUCGGAUCGACUGGUUCACUCGUAUCGCAAUGUCAUGGCUGGCUUCGCUGCAAAGCUGACCCCUGAAGAAGUGAAAGAGAUGGAGAAAAAGGACGGAUUUGUUGCAGCCAGGCGACCGCGAAUGCUGCCUCUGCACACAACUCAUAGCCCUAAUUUCUUGGGGCUGCACCUCAACUCCGGACUCUGGAACACCUCCAACUACGGCGAAGGCGUCAUUAUUGGUGUCCUCGACACCGGAAUCGCGCCAGGUCACCUGUCAUUCUUCGAUGAUCAAGCUAUGCCGCCUCCACCUGCCAAGUGGAAGGGGACGUGCCAGUUCAGAGAUGCGUGCAACAACAAGCUCAUCGGUGCGAAGAAUUUCGUCAGCGGACAGCCAGGUCCACCACUCGACGAUGAUGGCCAUGGAACUCACACUGCCAGCACCGCUGCCGGAAACUUUGUUCUUGACGCCAGUGUAUUUGGCUUGGACAAUGGUGUAGCCGUCGGCAUGGCACCCCGAGCUCAUCUAGCUAUUUACAAAGUAUGUUCUGAAAUCGAUUGCGCCGAGUCCGACAUUUUAGCAGCUAUGGAUGCUGCAAUCGAAGAUGGUGUUGAUGUACUUUCCCUGUCCCUUGGCGGAGGCUCGGUUGCUUUCUUCGAAGACGCCAUUGCUGUCGGCGCCUUCGCCGCCAUUCAGAAGGGAAUUUUUGUGAGCUGCUCAGCCGGCAAUGGAGGGCCUGUCAGCUCCUCAUUGUCCAACGAGGCGCCGUGGAUUCUCACCGUCGGCGCAAGCACCAUUGAUAGGGAUGUAGUAGCUUCAGCAGCAUUAGGCAAUUCAGAGACAUACGAAGGGGAGUCACUUUUCCAGCCUGGUAACUUUUCGUCGGUGAAGUACCUCCCUCUGGUUUACGCCGGCGGCGCCGGCGGAAAUGCGACCACCGCAUUGUGCGGGCCCGGAUCGCUCGACGGCAUUGAUGUCAAAGGGAAAGCUGUGCUGUGCCUGAGAGGAGGUGGGUUCGGACGCAUCGAGAAGGGGCAGACUGUGAAGGACGCCGGCGGCGCAGCCAUGAUUCUGAUGAACGACGAGAUCGACGGCUACUCCACCAUAGCCGAUCCACAUGUGCUUCCGGCGACUCACGUGAGUUACGCUGCCGGAGAAAAUAUCAGAGCCUACAUAAACUCGACGACGAAUCCAACGGCUGCCAUCGUGUUCCACGGCACGAAGAUAGGCGAUCCGACGGCGCCGAUGGUGGCGUCGUUCUCUUCCAGAGGACCUAAUUUGGCAAGUCCGGGGAUCCUCAAACCCGACAUCAUCGGCCCCGGCGUCAGCAUCCUCGCAGCCUGGCCUGUGUCCGUCGACAACUUCACUAACGAGAAGGCGACCUUCAACGUGAUUUCAGGGACAUCAAUGUCGUGCCCUCACCUCAGCGGCAUUGCUGCACUGCUCAAAAGCGCGCACCCCGACUGGUCCCCCGCGGCGAUCAAAUCCGCCAUCAUGACCACCGCCACUCAGACGACGGUGAACGCUUCCGCCAUAAUGGAUGAGCGACACCUUCCGGCCGACGUAUUCGCCGUCGGAUCAGGGCACGUGAAUCCGGCGAAAGCAAGCGAUCCGGGGCUGAUUUACGAUCUCGAGCCAGAAGACUACAUUCCAUACCUGUGCGGAUUAGGAUACACGGACAAGGAGAUAGAAGUGAUAGUGCAGCAGGAAGUUUCGUGCGCGAAUGGGACGAGCAUAUCCGAGGCAGAGCUCAACUACCCGUCGUUCUCGUUUGAGCUGGGGGAUUCUGUGAAAACGUACACGAGAACAGUGACAAAUGUUGGUGAAGCAAAAUCGAGGUACGAUUCGGUGAUCGACGUGCAUUCGGUUCCGGGAUUUGGUGUGAGUGUAGCGCCGGGGACUCUGGAAUUCAGUCGAGUGGGGGAAAAGAUAACAUACGAGAUCAGCUUCAACAGAGUCGGUGGUGCGCCGACGGCGAAUGCGACUUUCGUCCAAGGCGCCCUCAUAUGGCGCUCCGCCAAGCGUGAUGUUAGGGCUCCCAUAUCAGUGAAGAUAGUUUGA